UCAGAGAGAGAGACAGACAGUCAGUCAGUCAGGCCCCCCGGACACCCUCUCGGCCCCCCGCCAUGCUCGCCCUCUUCAACAAGCUGCUGGACUGGUUCAAGUCUCUCUUCUGGAAGGAGGAGAUGGAGCUGACGCUGGUCGGGCUGCAGUACUCGGGCAAGACCACCUUCGUCAACGUGAUAGCGUGUGGACAGUUCAGUGAAGAUAUGAUACCAACUGUGGGAUUUAACAUGAGAAAAAUAACCAAAGGAAAUGUUACCAUCAAGCUUUGGGAUAUCGGUGGACAGCCUCGAUUUAGAAGCAUGUGGGAGCGAUAUUGCAGGGGCGUCAGUGCCAUUGUGUACAUGGUGGAUGCUGCAGACCACGAGAAGAUUGAAGCUUCAAAGAAUGAGCUGCAUAAUUUAUUAGAUAAACCACAGUUACAGGGCAUCCCAGUACUAGUUCUUGGCAACAAGCGAGAUUUGCCUGACGCGUUGGAUGAAAAAGAACUUAUUGAAAAAAUGAAUCUUUCAGCAAUCCAAGAUCGAGAAAUCUGUUGUUACUCCAUCUCCUGCAAAGAAAAGGAUAACAUUGAUAUAACACUACAGUGGCUCACUCAGCAUUCAAAGACCAAACGAAGCUGAGAAAAAAGGAUGUUGAUUUCUUAUUCAUACCCAGGACCUGCUGUAGUUAAUGCAGACCUCCCUUUCUCCCUCCCUGGAACAAAAGUCUAGAAAGCUAUCUUAACACUGAGGUCAAAUUAAUGUUUUUAUCAUAAAGAGUGUUUGACAUUGUUUUGCACUGUUGUUGUUUUUUUAAAAAUAUAUAUAUAUAAAUAAGCAAAGUUACUAAAUCUGACCUUGUGAAGCAUAAAAUGUUUACCACUGUCCGUUUAGAAAAAGGGGUUUUGUUUUUGUAUAAAUGGGGCCUUUUUUUAUUUUUAAUACGCAUGCCUAUAAAGCCCCAUUGCACAAUGGAACUCCUCAUCCCAAGAUGCCAUAAGUUGCAGGAAGCACAUUUACAUCCCAUUGCAUCAACUCAGGCCAGCGUGAGGUAGCCCAAUUGUGCAUCUCGGCAAACCUACCUUUGUUUCAUUAUUGCACCUAACAAGCCUCCUUUUGGCCGGUUCAACUUGAAAAAAAAUUGUGGAUAGCCUUUUGUUGGUCACCGAUUUUUUUUUUUAAAAAGAACAUAAAUGAAUCAAUGCAGAUAAUUUACAGAAUAAUUGAGAUCCGAGUCCAUUUUAUCUUCAAGUAUGACAUAUUUAAAAUCUCAGAUGAGGAGACUGUUGCUGGUAAAGGACGGAGGGGAUAAUACAUGGUCACCCAUGUAAUCUGCCAUAUAAAUAUAGAUAUAUAUAUUAAAAAGGUACUGAAUGCCUUACUGAUCCACUACAAUAAAAUAAUCUUCAUACCCUUCCAAUAAUAGUAUUAUUGACAUAAUCAAAUACCUGGUGUCAAUAACUUUAUGUACUUAAUGAAGAUCUUUAGUUGCUUUGGAAAUUAAGUUGCCAGCAAUUUCUUGUACGAACAUGACGGGAAGGUGUUAAAACAGUCCGAGUUCUUGUAUGUAUUAUGUUACUUUACCCCUUAAUUGUAUUUAUUGCCUUGAAAUUUCCUCUGGUUCACCGAUCCUGUACAUAUUGUAUGAUGGAGAGGCUUAGAUUUGACUUGGCCAGAUCAUUUCCAGUCAUGACAGAAAGGCAGACUGAGACCGUUUCUAUCUUUAUUAUAUUUAACAAAUUAUUCUCUAUUCUUGCAUUUGCUUGGCAUGGAACAUGAGCAAUGUGACCUCAUAAGAGUAGCACUCCCGCCAGUCCAGUGAAGAAGCCAGUACAGAUUUCACUGAUAAUCUUGCCAUGUACACAUUAUAAAUUGUGUCUAUGCUUCGUAGCUCCGAAAUUAUUUGAUGAACUUUUUUUUGUACAGUAAUUUUUUUUUAAAAAUCCUCAGGAUGGGGAAAUGAGACAAACUACUGCUAUCCACUUUUUAUUUUUUUUCCUGCUUUUUAGCCUGCAUGUUCUCUUGAUGUAUUUUAAUACUUGCUGCUGUUUAAUAGCACAUCCCUAUAGGUGCACAUUGAAAUAUUUUUACUUUUGACAGGUAUUAUACCAGGUGAUAAGCUUGUUUUUAUUGUGACUUGCCUUUUAAUAAGUUUACAAUCUGUGUUUAAUUGCAGUUUUGUACAUACAGAUUUAAACCAAAUCGUUGAAAUUUUUAAAAACUUACAAAUGAAUUUGUGAUAAAUAUUGUAUUAGAUAGUAAUUUGCUUCAAUACAGGUACUUGGCUGUGAAAGCUUGUGGUUAGCGGUAUUUGCUGCAUUAUCUGUCUAUUAUAUGAGGAGAAUGAUGGACUAAUAGCUUGUAGUAUGUUUUUCUUUCUUGAACUGUGACGAUUUUAAGUGAAUCCUUUUUCCAGCAGUUUUAAGAAACCGGUAAAUAUUGAAGUUAAUGCAUAAUGUGUCCUAUAAUAAUAGCUUGUUGACCUGUACAGUCAACUUGUCAACUUGUCCUGCGGGUGAUUAAUGUACUGUUGCUCUUGUCAUUUGAUGAAGCUAGUGCUGUAAUAAACGCAUCCACACAAA